UUUUCUCUCUCUGUAUCCCUGUGACAAGUCACAACUACAACUCACAAGUCCCACACUCCCAAAGUACAGUCAACCAAUCAUCCCACUCGUCCAAUUCUAUAUGUACAGGAAAGGAUUCUCACACAAUCUUUUACCUCUCAUGUUGCUUUCUUCCCUAACGAGGAAGCUGCGGGAGAUCGUUCGCUGUUUCAUUGCUCACAAACUCGUCCUCAUCUGAAACCCUAGUUCCAAGUUUGAGAGCUUCUCUCUCGUUGUUUUGUCAGAUCUGAGCCGUCAGAGCAUUCUUUAGAGAAUAUUUGACAUGGAUACACGUAGUUCAUGCGUCAAAGAGUAUGAUGGAGAAAGACAGGCCUUGGAACACUUGUAUGAUGCCUUUGGUUCUGUGGCUUCUCUCAAGGAAAUUGCCAAUGCUUAUUGCAAGGCAGGUAACAAUGUAGAUUUGGCUGGGGAGAUUCUUUCUGGAUUGAGAGGGAGUAGCUCUAAUUCUCUCAAUCAUGCAUCUAAUGCUAAAUUGAGGGAUACAAAUUCAUCAGAGUCGUUAUCUGAUGAAAGUUUUGAGAAGGCAAGUUGUGGUGCAAAGAAUUCUAAAGCAGCAAAGCAGAGAAGGUAUCCUGUCUCUGUGGGUACUGUUUCAAGUGUAAUUGGUAAGGGAUAUGUAAAGCCCCCACCAGUCCAAAGUGGAUCUUGUAAAGUUACCAAACCAUUGAAAUUGGACUCGAAGGAAUUGCCAAUGAAUGUGCUCUGGAGGGAAGAUGUUUCAUCAGAUUUUGCAGCAAAGAAUGAUGCAAUGUGCAAGGAUUUGGAAGAAUUUCUAAUUCAAAUCCUUGAAAAUGGGUUCCAGCUUGAUAUGAAUCUGAUUCAAGAAGUUCUUGGUUCUUGCGGCUAUGACAUAAAAAAGUUUACAGAUGACUUUCCGAAGUCACAAUCUCUCCUUUGUCAAGAAAAAUCACAAAAUGUGGAACUUGUUCGCAGGAAUGGUACAGAAUCACCCGACGAAGACAAAAAGAGAUAUGAUCUCCAGAAGGAGGUGUUAACUGCACUGUUUAAUGUGCCUGAGAGAACUGAAGAGCUUCCAAGAAGUCGCCCUGUGAAGGCAGUGAGGAGAACAAGAGCAUUUGGAACUCUGGUUGUUGAACCUCCUAGGGAGACCACUAGAGAACUUCCAAUUGUCACCAUGGUAUCACAACAAAAAGAAGGAAAUGAUGUAGAUGAAGAUGAAAGCUACCAAAUCCUUCGGCGAGCUACUGUGGAGCAUAGGGCUACAAUGACGGAAUACUAUAAAGCUGCUAUUGAUUCAUUUGUAAAGGGAGAUCGUAAUCAGGCUAAAGAACUUCUGAAACAGGCAGAAUUGUUCAAUAAUAAGGCCCGAGAAGCAGAUGAAAAAUCUGCCCAAAUGAUGAUCAAGGGCAGUAAUGAGACCCAAGAUGAGAUGACUCUUGACUUGCAUAACUUUGAUGCAAAGGAGGCAAUACGUUUUCUGAAGUUUCAACUUUCUUCAGUUUCUGGCAUCCCAGUCAUCCAGUACCUGAAAGUUAUUGUGGAGUCUAAUGCUGCGGACACCACCAAAGGGGCUCGAAAACGAUUGAAGGGCAGGCAAUUGAUUAAAGAAUCUGAUCCCAAAUUGGCAAGCUGCAUUGCAAGAACGUCCACUUGCAAUUUUGCUUUUGAUGGGCAAUAUGUAACAAUAAAAAAAAAAACUCUGUCCAUGGCAAUUUUUGGAUAAGAUCUCUCUGAAGGAGGAAAUUGUUGGUGUUUGUAAUUCCUCCAUUGUCCAAUUAGUUUUCAUUUCUGAAAUAUUUGUCCAAAUUAUGACUGCAUUCACAUAAUCCGUUGCCUUGAUCAAAGCAACGAAACGGUAAAAAAAUGAUCCAUUGUUCUUUGAAGCAUAGACACUAAUAUGUUCACCUAUCUUCUUUCUUGUUAGUAUAUCCUUUGUUGGAUCUGCCAAAGAUCAUCUUGAUUCUACUGUAAAACUUUUCCAAUUGAAGAUAAUAAUUGUUUCAAGCUUGCUGCUAUGUGGCUCACUUUGAUACUUGCUGCAUAAUCAACUGAUUUACAUUUUGGAGUCUUAAGACAUUACAUUUGAAAUUCUGACACUGAUGAAAUGCCUUGAGGUUCAAGAGUGCAAAUCACAACAGAGGCUUGGGCAGUGCUAUGGCUCAACAUCUAGCUAACUUUUUGUGUUCUGCAACUUUCAUUGUAUUAUCUGCUAUCUAUCUUAUAUUGUGGAACAGUCUCAGUGCACAAAAGCAUGAGAGGGUACCUACGGACCUUAAAAUAAGGUGGUGGAGAUUAAAAGGUGAGCCCCAAAUUACAUUACUGAUGAGGUGGUCAAACAGGGAAAGUGGGACUUUGAAGGAGACACCAAUGCGAUGUGGAACGAGAUGAUGACUCGUAUUAAGAGGGUUGCCAAGGAAGUGCUAGGGAAGCAAAAGGUAGUCAGCAGCCCAUAAGGAAACGUGGUGCUGGGAUGAGGAUGUCCAAGCAGCCAUUAGGACCAAUAAAGUUUGUUUUUUAAGACAUGGCAAAGGUCUGUGAUGCAGAUCCGGGUUCCAAAGAAUGAAAUCGGAUCGCUUAGGGCCCACAGUAAAGUAGUUAACUCAAAAUGUAAAAAGUAAUGGCAGUUUUGUAAAUAAAUGGAACUUUAAAAGGGAGUGGCAGACUUGUAAAUAAUCAGAAUAUGCAAGGGUCUAGAUAGCUAAAUAUGGGUGGGACAUAAAGGUGAUUAGUACUUAUUUGGUAGGGGCAAACUAGGAACGGCAAAUAGACUAAAGAAAGUGGGGAAUAGAAACAAAGAUAGGGGUAAUGCUGGGAAAUAACAGAAAUAAGGAAUAAAACCUACUUUAUGUUGUAUUCUUCAACCUCACAACAGAACCAGAAACCAACGGAAGAAGAAAAACUUCAAAUCGAUGGAGCUCCUUCGACAAGUCUCGGAUUGGCUUGAAAUUCCAAACGAAGGUGGUCAACCUUAAGGUCUCUUGAAUCCUACUGAUAAACACUACAAAUAGGAACCCAGAGGAGUUGUGUUGUCUCUGCAACUCAGGUCAGGCGGUAACAGGGGAACCAGUUGUGAAGCUCACCACAGAGACUGAAUCUGGUCGCGAGAACUCUGCGGUUAGGUCACCUUAGGAAGGUGAUUCUAGCCCCAAAUUUUGGAGGUGAAAACACUUGUAUCCGGGGAGAUACUGUCGAUUCCUUGGAGCAUAAGCUGUUGCCCAGAACAGGGGUUGUGAAAGAGAAUCGGCAAGAAGUAGAAGGAAAAGAAGGAAAA